GAGUUUAUUCAUUCUGUCUUUCUUUAUGAAUUUUGAGAAUCUAUGGAUAAAAUAAAUACGAUAAAAACCAAUAUGAAUAUUAUAAAGACAAUAAAAAAAAUUGUUACGUUUCCACCUCAAAGUGAAAUAUAGUAUUUAGUUCUUUCUUUCAUUUAAUGCCUAUUGGUGUUCCAAAAGUUCCUUUCCGAAGUCCUGGAGAGGAAGAUGCAUCUUGGGUUGACGUAUACAACCGACUUUAUCGAGAAAGAUUACUUUUUUUAGGCCAAGGGAUUAAUAGCGAGAUUUCGAAUCAACUUAUUGGUCUUAUGGUAUAUCUCAGUAUCGAGGAUGAGACCAAAGAACUGUAUUUGUUUAUAAACUCUCCUGGGGGCUGGGUAAUACCUGGGAUCGCUAUUUAUGAUACUAUGCAAUUUGUGCGACCAGAUGUCCAUACAGUAUGCAUGGGAUUAGCCGCUUCAAUGGGAUCUUUUAUCCUGGUCGGAGGAGAAAUUACCAAACGUCUAGCAUUCCCUCACGCUUGGGUAAUGAUGCAUCAACCUGCUAGUGGUUAUUAUGAGGCGCAAACAGGCGAAUUUGUCCUGGAAGCGGAAGAACUGCUGAAACUGCGUGAAACCCUCACAAGGGUUUAUGUACAAAGAACGGGCAAACCCUUAUGGGUUGUAUCCGAAGAUAUGGAAAGAGAUGUUUUUAUGUCAGCAACAGAAGCCCAAGCUUAUGGAAUUGUUGAUCUUGUAGCGGUUGAAUGAAAAUAACAUGGAUUUCGCGCAAAUCUGUGAUUUGAGAUUUUAUCUUCGAAUUGAAUAUUCUAUUAAAUAGAAGUAAUUCAUCAUCAUUCGGUUAGGAUCAAUCUAAACCAAUCCAUCAUAUUAUGUAUACGAUUCAACAUGCCAACUAUUAAACAACUUAUUAGAAAUACAAGACAGCCAAUCAGAAAUGUCACGAAAUCCCCCGCUCUUCGGGGGUGCCCUCAGCGUCGAGGAACAUGUACUAGGGUGUAUGUGCGACUCGUUUAGAUCAUGAGCUGGCACAAAAGCAAGAAAACGACUUUUACAGUAUCAAUGAUCAGUACCGGUGAAUGGGAUAGGAUGGAAAAAGGAACUCCAUUCAUUAUUAAAAAAAAAAAACUCUAUCAUAUCCCUCUAUUGUGUAUGAAGUUUAUGGUUUCCGUUGGUGUAAAUCCAAUCACCUGAAUUUAAGAUGAUAAGAAAUUCUCCAUUGGUAACAAAUGGUUAUCCAUUAAGCGGAGGAAA